AUGAAGCUAGAGCUGAGACAGUACAGUGUCAUGGGGCAUACGUACGUCUAUCGUGGCUACGAGAGAUUUAUCAUAGUAAAUGCUUUUAAGGACUCGGACUAUGAUGAAAGGUCACCAUGUGCCUACCGCUGGACAUCUAUGAAGGCAUUACCAGCAUCGAUGUAUCGGAAGCGUCUAGAUCAACUGACGAUAGCUAAUGUUUGUUGGAUGCCUUACAGUGACCACCGUGUAGUUCGAGAGUUUGACCUCAUUUCAUGCUUUUCUGGACAUAUCCGAUGGGGUCCCAUUGUUGUCAUACACCAACCAAAGAAGGUGGGGCGGCAAUUUGGGUAUGUUUAG